AUGGCGGCGGCAUCCGAUUCAGGUGGUGGUUCGAAGAGGCGGCGGAUGGACGAUGCCGGGGAACAAGGAAUCGGCGACAGGGAGGCCGCGACGGCGGAGGAGGACCGCAUCUCGGCGCUGCCGGAGGCGCUGCGGCUGCACAUCCUCGGCCUCCUCCCGUACAAAUCCGCCAUCCGCACGGGCGCGCUCUCCGCCCAGUGGCGCGCGCUCUGGACGCGCCGCUGGCCGGCUCCCUCCUCGCUAGACCUCCGGCUCGACACCCUCACCGCCGCGCCGCCGAUCCUCGAGUCCCUGGAACGGCUCAGCCACCGGCGCUUCGACCGGUUCUCCCUCUCCUUUCAGAUCCGCAACGGGGAGCUCAAGCCCGACGGCGUCCAGCGCAUCCUGGACUACGCCGCCGCCUGCUCCGUCGCCGACCUCAACGUGGACAACGCUCACCGUGCCUUCGCCUUUCUUUUCAAGCUCCGCCUGCCGCCAGGUGACCCCUACCUCACGCGCCUCGCCCUCGCCGGCAUUCUCGUCGGCCUCUCCAAGCCCUUCUCCGCUCAAUCCCACACCUUCCCCGCCCUGGAGGCCAUUUCUCUCCACGGCGUCAAGCUCUCCGACUACACCGUCGAAAACCUGGUGGCCGCGUCCCCUCUCCUCCACACCCUCGAGCUGUGCUACUGCGAGGGCCUCCGGUUCGUCAGCGUCGCGGCCGCCGGAUCGCAGCUCAGGAGCCUCACCGUCGCGGAGUGCGAAUGGGUGAGGGACGUUUACACCAUGGAGGCGUCCACCCUUCGCUCCUUCCGCUACAGCGGCUGCUACAUCCGCGCCCUGACAAUCCCAGCUACCUGCGCGCUCGCCGACCUCUACAUAUGCUUUGGUGGAUCUGCUAGUCACUCCCGGGAGGACAGGCCGGGCACCCCACUCUUCUGCUUUGGCUGGCCUCCUGAGGUGCCAAGGAACUGGCUUCAGGCACUCACCAACCUCUCCGACCUCACCGUGCUCACCCUCUGCAGCAGCGCCCUGCGGCGAGUGUCCUCCAAGGCCCGAGAAAGAUCAUUGGCCGGAAGUGCUGCACCGUGCAAAUUGCAGAAUCUGAGAGAGCUGCAGCUGCUCAUGUUUGCGAUGUACGACAGCAGCCUGGAGGAUAUCUACGUUUUCCUCGUCGCCUGCUGCCCCUCUCUAUUAGAGAGGCUGUUUGUGGAGCUUCCAACAAAUACUCACUAUUAUCGGCCAGAUUUAGAACCAUCAGAAUCAGAGGAUGAGCUACUAGAGCCAGUGGAGGAGCUGCCAGGGAAAGAACCACCCGAGGAAGAUGGGCCAGAGGAAGAGGAGCUGCUAGAGGAAGAGGCAUCGGAGGAAAUGGAAUCAGAGGAAGACUGGUCAGAUGAGGAGCUAUCUGAUGGGGGGCAAUCAGAGGAAGAGCCAGUGAAGGGUUUCCUUGAGAACCUUAAGUUGCUCAAGAUGACGAAUUUCAAGGGGAGCGACAAUGAGAUGAUACUAGCAAGGCUUGUGUUGAGAAACUCUGCUAGUCUCAACCAAUUGCUACUAUUUACAUCGAGGAGUGAUCGACCAGAAUGGCUCCGGGAAAAGCAUGUGGACACAUCCGGUAUUCUUGAAAAAAUAUUGCCUCUCAAAAAGGCCUGGCCAAAUGCCCAGAUAAUUCUGGGUGAGUCUGAUGGUGAUGCAGUCCAGCCAUUGCAUAGGAAAGUCUAUGCACGCGUCUAGUUUAUUUUUCACUAGCGGAGUUUAUCAGAUAAUUUGAUGCCAGAGCCCAUCCCUCUCGUCGAUCUUAGCCGUCUGACGGACGCAGACGAGGCCGACAAGCUCCGGGCAGCUCUGCAGACCUGGGGCCUCUUUCUGGCCACGAACCAUGGAAUCGAAGACUCUCUUAUGGACGCCAUGAUGAGCGCGUCCAGAGAGUUCUUUCGGCAACCGAUCAAAGAGAAGAAGAAAUGCAGCAACUUGGUGGUGGAGGGCAAGCCCUUCGAGGUGGAAGGGUAUGGAAAUGACAAAAUAGGAAGCCAGGAUCAGAUCCUGGACUGGAACGACCGGUUGCAUCUGAAACUGGAGCCAGAAGAUGAGAGGAAUUUUGCUAAAUGGCCUACUCACCCGGAAUCUUUCAGGGAUGUGCUACAUGAGUACUCUCUAAAAACUAAGAGAGUAAGAGACCUUAUCUUGCGAUCAUUAGCAAAGCUCGUGGAGAUUGAUGAGGAUUACUUCGUCAACCAAAUAUCAGACAAGGCUUCUGGGUUUGCUAGAUUCAACUACUACCCUCCAUGUCCCAGGCCCGACCUUGUUUUGGGCCUCAAGCCUCACUCUGAUGGUGGUCUUGUUACCAUCCUUUUUGUCGACGAAGAUGUCGGUGGCUUGCAAGUUCAGAGAGAUGGAAAAUGGUACAAUGUUCCAACCAAGCCUUACACAUUGGUGAUUAACUUGGCAGACUGCAUGGAGAUAAUGAGCAACGGAAUCUUUAGGAGCCCAGUUCAUAGAGUUGUCACGAAUGUUGAGAAGGAGAGACUUUCACUGGCCGUGUUUUAUGCUAUGGAUAAAGAUACUAUGCUCGAGCCAGGGCCUGGUUUGCUGGAUGAGAAGCGACCAUCAAGAUAUAGAAAACUGACAGCCAAUGAUUUCGUGCUUGGACUAUUUGAACAUUUCAGUCAAGGGACGAGAUUCAUCGAGACCUUGAAAAUAUAAGUUCACUGUUUUUUAGUUUAUGGAGCUGUAGCAGUGAUUAGCUAUGGAGAAUAAUAAGAUGCUCAUCUUCUCUGGGUGGGGACCUUAUCUAUCACCGCCUUCGUGCAACUCUGCCAAGUCUUUAGUGUCUCACUUCAUCAACUCUUGGCUUAUGUAAUUUCAAAACCUUUAUCGAAAAAAAUGUAAUUUCAAAAC